GUCACUAACAUCUUCCAUCAUUAUCAUGCGUGUUAGUGUAGAUGUCAGUAAAAUAAUCGCCUCUGCUAUAUAAUUACAAAAACGCUUCAGGUUAUAUUAGGGAGUAAUAUAACUCCAAAACAGAGAGCACACUUCCGUAAGUCGUUACAAAACACAAAGAUAGGCACAUUAUGCAACAACCAGUAAGCGCUCCUUUAUUUGGAGACGGACUGUCAUACUCUGCAGCUCUCUGUCCCAUGUGUUGUCCAGCUUCGUGAUGAAUUAAUAGCGGCUUGUGCAUUUCUACAGUGAUUUGUUUGUACUUCUAUGAGCCAGUAAAUGUUCAGCAUUGCACUAUGUCGGGAAUCCGCACUGUCAUCUGUCUGUUGAGAAAUGACCUCCGCCUGCAUGAUAACGAGGUGCUGUAUUGGGCUAAUUUAAAUGCAGAGAACAUUGUUCCACUUUAUUGCUUUGAUCCACGACAUUAUGGUGUCACACACAAUUAUAAUUUCCCCAAGACCGGUCCUUUUCGACUGAAGUUUUUACUGGAAGGUGUGAAAGAUCUAAGGGAGACCCUUAAGAAGAAAGGAAGUAAUCUAUUAAUGAGAAGAGGGAAGCCAGAAGACAUUAUCCAAGAUCUUAUUAAAGAGCUGGGAUCAGUGACUGCUGUGGCUUUCCAUGAGGAGGUUACUGCAGAGGAACUGAAUGUGGAGAACAACGUGAAGCAGGUUUGUUUUCAACUGAAAGUGAACGUUGUAACAUUUUGGGGAUCAACACUGUAUCACCGUGAUGACCUUCCUUUCAGGCAUAUAUCCAGGUUACCUGAUGUUUUCACCCACUUCAGAAAGUCUGUUGAGACUCAGGCGAAAGUUCGUUCCACUUUGCAGAUGCCAGAAAUGUUAAAGCCAGUGCCUUUGGGGCUGGAGGAAGGAAGUAUUCCAACUUAUGAAGAUUUCUCAGAAAGAGAUCCUUUGACAGAUCCACGCACAGUGUUCCCCUUCAGUGGUGGUGAAGGCCCAGCUUUAGCACGAUUAAAACAUUAUUUCUGGGACUCUAACCUGGUUGCAUCAUACAAGGAAACCCGGAAUGGCUUGAUAGGAGCAGAAUAUUCAACUAAGUUUGCUCCCUGGUUGGCCUUGGGUUGCAUUUCACCCAGGUAUAUUUAUGAAGAGUUAAAAAAAUACGAGAAGGAAAGAACUGAAAAUGAAAGCACAUACUGGGUAAUCUUUGAACUGUUGUGGCGAGAUUACUUCAGGUUUGUUGCUCUGAAAUGCGGAAGAAAAAUCUUCUUUCUAAAAGGACUACAAGACAAGGAGGUUUCAUGGAAAAAAGACCAAAGGAUAUUCGAUACUUGGAAAGAUGGGAAAACAGGGGUACCUUUUGUCGAUGCCUGCAUGAGGGAACUGGCCUUAACUGGAUUCAUGUCCAACAGAGGGCGGCAGAAUGUUGCUAGCUUCCUUACAAAAGACCUUGGCAUAGAUUGGAGAAUGGGAGCCGAGUGGUUUGAAUAUCUGUUGGUUGAUUAUGAUGUUUGCAGUAACUAUGGCAACUGGCUUUAUAGUGCUGGAAUAGGAAAUGACCCUCGUGAGAACAGAAAGUUCAACAUAAUAAAGCAAGGACUUGAUUAUGAUGCUAAUGGUGACUAUAUUCGGUUGUGGGUUCCAGAGUUGAAAGAUAUAAAGGGAGGGGAUAUUCAUACUCCCUGGACCCUCAGCAGUGCUGCACUAACUCAUGCAGGUGUAAACUUGCCAGAGACUUACCCUCUGCCUGUAGUCAUUGCACCAGAGUGGAGUCGAUACAUUAAUCAGAAGACUACUGGUGGCGCUAGAGGUGCUAAUUCAGGCCCAGAAGUGAGGAAGGGACCAUCACAUACUCCAAGGCAACACAGGAACAGAGGAAUAGACUUUUACUUCUCACACAACAAAAAACAUUAUUGAUAAGAUAUGGUUGCAAAUUAUGCAUGAAGAGUGCAUUGUGUAGUUCACAGCUUGGAUUAUAGCCAGAAAAUAUAUUCCACUAAGAGGCACGUACUGAUAUUUGUAAAGUUCUGCAACUUACCUAAAUAAUAAUAGUGCUCAGUAAUCAUUGUAUAGCCAAGAAAAUGACUUCAACUGAACAAGAAUAUGAAUUAAAAACUGCACCUGUUAAUGAAGUGCCUUAUUUGAUUGACAGUAGUGUAUUAAGAAGGUUACAUACACAUUGUAGCUUGGUGGCAGUUACCCAAGGAUGGAAGAGCUUAGUUUAUUGAAUGCUUUCCACACCACUGCUGCAGACAUAACUUCACUCAUAGUAUUCUCUGCUAUUUUUCAGCAUUGUUACUGUGGAUGUAGAUAUACUACAAAAGUUAUUUUCAUACGGAAUGGUGCAGAUGUGGGUUACAGGUCUCUGAAGUGUAACCCUACAUGUGUUUAUUUUUAUAGUAAGUUACAGGUCCCUGAAGUUUAACCCUAAAUGUAUUUAUUCCUGUAGUAAAAUGAAUGAGUGAUGUUGCUGCAGUCAUGUUUAGUAAAUGCUAUACACAUUUAUGAUUUAAGGAAUCAGUGAAUUCUCUGAAUGAAAUCAGAGUUGUAGUUAUUCUUUUGAUGGUCUGUAGUUCAACACCAGUCACAGCAAUGGCCUUUUCUUUCUUCUCCAUACAAAUGUUUAGACUCAGAAUUAAGAUGGCUGCUACUUGUAUCACAUAAAAUACCUACCCUGUUAAUAACCAUUCUUUAUCCACAUUGGUGUAAUACAAUAAAGACAUAAAUUACAA